ACUGGAUGGGCCAAUGAAGUUGUCCCUUCCAGAGCGAUGGCGAUACUGUCGACCGGAUGAGCUGCAUUCGAGCAACCACGGGGCCGCACGGCCAACAGGUUGUUAUUGGGGAGCAUUCCAACUGGUGCAGCGCUUCGAAACUGCCCUGUGCGCUUGACAGACCCUUGCCACAUACGCACUCGUCGUUCCCUCUUCUGAGCUUGGCUGCGUGUCACUGUGUCCUCAGUCUGUCGUUUUGGGCCAUCUGCAACUGGGUUUGGGCCUUGGGGUUGUCGCAGCGUCCACGGGGUGGUCCAAGAGGCCAGGGGAAACGAAGGCUGCCAUAUUCCCAAUACCGCAUGCGGCAGAAGCUUUGAUGCUCGUUUGUUUGUAGCCCUUCACGUGGAAGU